GCUCCAGUCAGCGCCGAGCACAAUACUGUCACUUUACGUGGGUAUGGACUUUUCAGCCACGAUGGGGAGUUUUCAUAUUCAUGCAAAACAAGUUUAUGAGUCUGUCUUUGCCUGAACAAUAGCUCUAAAGUGACCAAACAAUCUGUGCGACGCGUUAACGGUUUGUAUCUCCGCAAGCUUUUUAUUCAGGAUGUCAGGUUUCUUGAAAAGCCGGUAACGAUACAAAGUGAGUUUGCUGAAUGUUCAGCAUCACACAAAAGGGAUCUGCGACGGAGUUAAGCGAUUUAGACAAGUGUCAUUUCGCUUCUGAAUGUUCUAAAGAAACAUCGAGGGGCAUUUUUUAUUUUGCGUGUUUAACAACAUGGAACAUUUAGCAGCAGAGUGCCUUGUGUCUAUGUCCAGCCGUGCAAUUGUUCACGGUCCUAAAGGGAACAGGGAGAUCCGACCCGAAACUGCGGCUGCACCAAGGAAUGGAGAAGAGACCAAGGAAGCGCUUGUGAAGGACAACUCUUCUCUUUUUGUCGUGGCACGAAUUCUGGCGGAUUUCAAUCAGCAGAGCCCCACUAAUUUCGCCGAGCAGGCAAAAACAAAAGACGAGAGCGCACCACCAACCCCAACGCGAGAGGAUGGAAACUCUGCCACACCUACCGCCGUCCCUGCCGACUCUGCCCUUAAACAAAGAGGCAAGCGAUGGAGGGCUCGUACUGAACAGGAGUCCCCGCAGAAAAAGCACAAAUGCCACUAUUCUGGCUGCGAAAAAGUUUAUGGCAAAUCGUCACAUCUCAAAGCUCACCUAAGGACACAUACAGGAGAACGACCCUUCCCGUGCACCUGGCCCGACUGCAGUAAGAAAUUUGCUCGCUCGGAUGAGUUGGCACGCCAUUACCGCACACAUACAGGAGAAAAGAAGUUCGGCUGCCCACUGUGUGACAAGCGCUUCAUGCGGAGCGACCACCUGAUGAAGCAUGCUCGCCGCCACUCCGACUUUCAGCCAGCCAUGCUGAAGAGGCAGCAAGGAGGCAGCGGCCCGUUGAACGUAGCGAGCAGCACACGGCCCGGAUCGCUGAGCGACUACAGCCGCUCGGAUGCCUCCAGCCCCACACUCAGCCCCACACUCAGCCCAGCCAACUCGCCUUAAACCCACCUGCACUUUCUGCCCUCUGCCCCCUGCAGCUCAUUGCUGUUUUUUUAACUCAACUUUUUUCUGUCAAAAGUAGUGAUGUUGCACACUUGUUAGCCACCACCUCUCUUUGCUAACCCUUUUGCUUGCUGUGGUGUACUCUACUGUACAUAACUGCUUCCUGUAGUGCAAUUGUUUUCUCACCAACUUCAUAAAAGAGAAAAGUAGAAAACAGAGAAGAAAAAUGCCUUUUCCAGAUGGCAAUAUUUACAUGAUGUAACAUAUGUCUGUAUUUUUUAUAGCCUCUGGCCACAGCCAGUUUCCAUUGUAUUUUUGUUGCUCCCCUUUUGAUCAAAUCUGUUCAAGUGAACAAAAAUUUAGACACAAUUAACAGGUUUAAUUUUUUUGUUCUCUCUUUUUAUUUAUGACGGGUUGGGGGAGUGGCGCACACACACACCUCAGGACUCUAGACAGUUGUUUUUCUUUCUCUCUCUCUCCUUUAAUAUUCACACUGACUGCACAAUACAAGCAUCACUUUACUCUGAAAUUCAACAAGGGUUGAAUUUUUUGCCCUGCUCAGGGAUGGCCUUGUUAGCUUGAAAGAAUGAACAUGAAGAGAAAACAUACAAAAAACAGCCUUACACACAACACAAAAAAAUGCACUCUUCCUUUUGUCUUUUUUUUAUUGGUUUUCACAUCAUUUGAAACUAGUACUAGAUUUAACAGUCAUAAAAUCUCAAUAUCUGAUCUGGCUGUAAGACGUGGUACCCCAGCUUUGGGUCUACAAUGGAGUAGAAGUCAUUGUGUAUUUUGACUGGAAGUAAUUCUUUUUGUUUUUAACAUUGCUAUCUCUAAGACUCUUUUUCCCACAAAACAGAGGGUUUUUCUGGAUAGGUCCUCAUCAUACAGGCAAUGUUAUAUGUUGUAGUGGCAUAAAUCCCAUUUUCUUGGUCUAGAUCUGACUUGUUCAAAUCUGCAUGAAGAGGAAAAAUUAUUUUAAAUCAGAUUUAAGCCACUAUUGUAUGUAAUCCAUGUGUGUGUGCAUGUGUGUAUGUGUGUGUGGUCAAACAACAGUGAGUCAGAUUCUAAUCUUUUUUAUUUUAUUUUAUUUAUUAAUUUUUUUUACAUCACACUUUACUGCACAUGCAUAUAUACCUUUGUGGCUCAAUUAUGGUGGAUUGUCCUCAUGAUGUUAUUGAUUUCAUAAUUAUGUGCAUGUGCCACAUUUCAGGGCAGAGCUUUGUUCACACAGUAUGGACAGACGUAGCUCUCUUAUAAACAAGGUGAAAAAUCAAGAUUUAAAGCAUUAAGCUUGUAGUGUGAACAGAGCUCAUGAAAAUCUCUACAUUGAGUCAAUGUAGGUGAUAAAACUGUCAUUACAUGCACCACCUUCCCAAUGAGGAGACUAAAUCCCACUGCUCUCCUUACAGGACUGAACCAAAUCCCCAAAAUGUGGAGGAUAAAGUUUCAAAGCAGCAGCACUGCAUCAUAAAGACUGCACAUGCAUCAGCUUCAGGUUUUUCCACAAUAGUACAGGUUUAACACACAAAGCAAGGGACCUGGAUUCCUUUUUUUUUGUAUGUUUGUUUGUUUUGUCUUUUUUUUUUGUUGAUUUUUUUUAAGGAAAAGAGAGUAAAAAGAAAAGCACACAAGAAUAAACCACCAAAGACUAGAAGGUGUAAAGGUGAGAAUAGGAAAGCUUUUCUGCCAGUGAUAUCCAGAGCUGGGGGAAGGGAGAUACAUUGGCAGUCUCAGGUAACAACAGAUGCCUCGGCUGCGUGACCUUACCCACCUCACUCACUGCCACCUGCCGCUUAGGAAACGGCUAUGUUCAAAAGUAGGCUGUUCAUAGCAUGUGGGAGAGUCACUGCAAUGGCAAUAUCUUCAGCAUGCCUCUCUCACUCCUCCUAGAACAAGGCAGACAGUGAGAGGAUGGAUGAAGUGCUGAAGGGUUUCCCCAGGGUCUUUACUCUGGCAGACUAAAUGUAGCCUAGAAGCCUGCAGGUCUGUAGAGAGGAGUAAGCUGGAAACUGGGCUGGGUUGCUGGGGCAGUAAUGGGAGAUUGAAGCUUGCCUAAAGAACAAAAGCAGCACUCUGGACAAGGCAGGAAAGAAAAGUGCUGACCCCAAGGGAGCCAGAUAAAGACAUGGGCUUUAUCAUAAGCUGAACAGUUCAGCAGAAGAGACAGCCAGUCAGCUUUCCCCUCUGCCUCCCCUCUGGAACGCAGACCUCCACUCCCAUGCAUGCUGCCUCUCUUCCUGCCCACCCGCUAAGCGCUAAUGGAAGAAGGAGCAUCCCAUCAUCUAUCAGUGUUUUGCAAAUGGCGCAGGGUUGUGGAUCUCAUUUGAUUGGAUGCCAUCAAAAUUUCAGGACACUGGAUUUAAGAAGAAAGCAAGUAGUUAAGGCAUUGUGAACAGAGAGAAUGCUUAUGGUAACAAUUAAAAUUUCAAGCAUAUCCUGUUCUGAUCUGGAGUUCUAUAUCCUUGGAGAAGAAAAGAAUGAUAAAUUUACUGUUUUUUCCAAUACUAAGACCUUCCAGACUUUACUCAGACACAUCUUUCUCUUUUCUUUGAAAGGCUGCCUUAAAGACAGUUGUAUAGAUCAGAAUAAACUGAUAAGACAAGACAGCACAGCUGUAAGACUCUACAGACUUUUUUAAGUUCCGGACCUCUACACAGACUUCUUUACUGUCGCAGAGACACUGAUCGAAACAAUCAGUGUUGCUGCUAAACACAUUACCUCAAUAUACCAUUACAGCAGCUGCUUUCAAACUUGAUCCUCAUUGAACAGGGGGCAUUAGACUCAUGAAAUACUGUUGCUACCAAAUCCAUGCAGUAACAAAUACAUAUCAUUUAAGCAAACAGCAGUUUACCGUCCUUUGCUUGCUGAAGCUUGGGAAGAUGAAGUACCUAUGUGAGAAAGCGGACUUAUGUUUCUAAAAGCCAUUCCUCACAGUUAUGCCUCAUCAGCUCAGGCCAGAAGCUUACAAAACCUGCCAUGCAUAGAGGCACCACUGUCUAAACUAUUUUGGCACUUGCCUCUCUCUCUCUCUCUCUCUCUCUCUCUCUCUCUCUCUCUCUCUCUCUCUCUCUCUCUCUCUCUCACACACACACACACACCUUCACUUACACACGGAUGCAUAUACUCUCGCUUCACACUUUCACAUACUCUGUUAUCCUUGUCUUACUUAUCAUGCACAUGCUUAUUCCCAUUGACUCUUAUCACCUCACAGAGGGAGAUGCGACUAGGGCACUAUGGCUCUUCCCAGCUGGGGAUGUGGUUUCCCUGGACUGCAGGAGCAGGUGAAGGCCUGUGAAUACCAGGCCUUGUCCCCCUCUUCACAUUCCCUCUGCUGUCUUUCUCCUCCCUUCCCUUCCCUUCCCCUCCCUUCCUUCCCUUCCCCCAGGGCCUCGCAGCCAGAGUCUUUCAAAACAGCACACAUAAUCAAAGCGCGCUCUCUCUCUCUCUCUCUCUCUCUCUCUCUCUCUCUCUCUCUCUCUCUCUCUCUCUCUCUCUCUCUCAAGAAAAUACUCGUAACAAAAUGCAACAGCAUCACGCAUACAUUACUUCUGCAGUGAGACCACACAUUAUGAAUUCUCACUAUUAGAUCAUUUUAAACAGAUUCAAGAGGUGUUUGAGUCAAAAUGUCAACCAAUUCCACUGUUAUAGCUAACACUGGAGCACUAAUUUAGUAAGUACUAAUUAGCUUAAUGCCCUCUAGGCUCACCUGUCAUCAAGCAACCCCAAAGAGCAGAUAACAACACCUUUCCUUUCAUAUUGCGUACAUAUGCUGACCAUAAGCUUCUACUCAUACCACCACAGAGCUGUUUGUUGCAGUGUAUUGGAAGUGCUGAAGGUCAUUUCUGUGUUCUCUUCACUGUUAGUCUGAGAACACGGUGACUUCUCCUCUGUCUCUAAACUCUCCUCUGUCUGAUUCCAGUAGCAUGUUCAAAUAUGUAUGAAUCCAUGGCUGUGACUGGUCUUUAAAUUGGUCUCACUAUCUUGGGUACUGGUGAGAUCUAACAAAAUGAGAAAAUGUUUCCAGUCUCUGGCAUCCGCUUUAGCCGUCUGUAACAGGUCAAUAUGAGACAUUGAAAAACAUGCUUUUUUUUUCUCCAUAUAUUCACUGUACUGAAAUGACUUGAAUCGGAAACAAGACCAUUGAAAAUAGAUUGUGGCAUGUCUAGGGUAAAACUGUACUUGCUCUGUCUUUAGCUUACAAUUCAACUUUACGUGUGAUUAUAGCUCAUAGAUGUAUUCACCUGGCUUUGUUUAUUUGUAAUCUACAUUUCUGUGUUUGUAUUAUUAUUAUUAUUAUUAUUAUUAUUAUUAUUAUUAUUAUUAUUAUUAUUAUUAUUAUUAUUAUUAUUUCCACUUUCUGAAUGAAAACAUAUUCAGUUUUUUUUUUUGUUUUUGUUUUAUGUUGUAAUGUCAGUUUUUAUAAGCCUUGAGCAAGACAAACCCCCAGAUUUCCCUCUUUAUGCAGAGACACUGAAUUUUUUUCCCUAUAAAUGUUGUGGAAAGAAGUGGGAUAAAGGGGUGAAAAUAACUUUUCUAAGGCUAAUCUUUCCUUCUUUAAUGCCUUGCACACGAUUGAUAUAAUUAGCUUCAUUUACAAAUAAUACAUAACCAUAGAGACCAUAGCAUUGUGAAUAGGUAGUGUAGUCCCAUGCUAUUAUUAUUGUUGUUACAUUUUAUUAUUCUCUCCUUGGUUAUAGUCUUACUCAAACUUGUACUUUACAAAGCAACUCAGAAGGUUAUGAAGUAUGAAGUAUUUUGUUAUUAGAAUGGUAUAACUAAAAUAAUAAUGGGCCAACUAUCAUGUCAACAUUACCUAAUUUAUUAAUACUCCUUCAUUCAGACGAUAAAGUUGAAAAAAAUAAACGUUUUAUUAAUUUCUUUAAUGUUAAUCAUGAAUCAUAUUUAAAUAUACAAAUUCCCCCAAAUAAGCAUAAUUUAUUUUCUAUCUGUUGCCAGAAUUAUACUAAUCAAUUUUAGUAGAUUUUGAUUUUAAGAAACUAAUAUUUUUAAAUAGCACAUUAGCUUUGAUAAUAAGUGCCAAAGGCAUUAAAGUAGCAAUUCCAGGAGAAACCCUUAGAAAAUUAAUGUGUAUUCCAUAAUCGGUGACAUUAACUAAAUAACCUUGUACAGUUUUCUAUGAGUGAUGUGUUUUUAAGUAUGUGUACAGGACUGAAUGAUGUGCAUUAGAUACCCAAGUAUUUUUAAGUUUAGAUCUUUUUUCCUUUUGGUGUGACAUUAAUGUAGCUUUAUGUUGUUUUUUGUCUGAUUAUAUUGCUUUCUUAAUUUGUCUUAUGCUGUACAACUUAUAACCUACAUGGUUAAAUAUCCUAAACUCUUGGAUGUGAUUAUUGUUAUAUUAAUCAGAAGAGAAAACCCAACCAUUCCAAAGGAUUGCAAUUUCAUUUGCUGUAAAUGUGAUGCUUAUAUCAAACCAAUGCAUAGAAUCUACAUUACUUUUAUGUAUUUAUUUUAUGUUCUGUUUCGGACUGUGAUGUAUUUUACUGAAUUACAUUUGUGACUAGUUAAUUUGGGUACUUUUCUUAACAUUGCAUACUUUUUUCUGCUGUUUUGACAAUGCGCUUGUACUACGUAUAUUUGAUGGUGCCUACUGGACAAAAUAGACAUACAACCAUUCAUGUUGGGACAGGAUAAGCAGUAAAGCCUGAGUCUCUCAUAAAAGGGAUUUUGCAAGCCUGCUUGCUUGUGUAAAUGCAGGUGUGCAUAUUAUUUUGUAGCCAUUCCCACGAUAGGUGAAAGACAGACAUGCAAAUCAGGGGUUAGGCCCAUGGAACUGUUGCAUGGAACAUGGGCCAAAGUGGUACAAAGCACCUGCCACUUGAGCCAUCAAGCAAAUGAACCCACACUGUACAAUUAAUUGAAGUUCAGCACUGGGUUCCUGUAAUUAGAGCCUCACUGGGUUGUCACCAAAGACUUCUAUAGUGGAUGAAUGUGGAGAUGUUUGCAUUUGCGUUAGCUGGAAUUCAGGCUUCCAUUUCACAAAGCACAUUAGAGCUUUUUCAGCUGAAAGGAAAAAAAUAUUUAUCCUUCGAUUCAUAUGACUCUGGGUUAUUCCCAAAUGUGUCUGCCAGGAACUUCAGGAAACAAAAUAGACCCUUUGAGUAAUGAACAAAGCCAUGGUAAAACGAAUGGCUCGUGUUAAUUGUCCUGGUAACAUGUUUGUGAAGACUUGUGUAGACUGUUGUUUGCCCAUUAUUAUUGCUUAUGGGUUCUUCAAUCAGACUAACCCUUACAAUGAAGUGUGUCCAUAAGUACAAUAGAAUUGCACUGUUCUUGUGCAGGUUAGUUUUUCUCCAAAGAACCUGUGAUUGGCGGCGUAAAUGCCAUUGAGUAAUUGUGUGGCUUGGAAGAAGAGAAACCCCUCUGACAUCAAUGACACAAGUGUGAGCACAGUUUAUAAAUUACUGGAAACAUCCUCCACAUAAAAUGUUUACUAGGGGAAAAACAUUAAUGCCUCAAAAUAUUUUAAAUAUGGGGAAAUUAACUGUCUAUUUUCAUUGUAUAUGAAGGCUUGUACAAUACAGUCAUGCUCUUAUUCUUGGUCACUUGUAUUGACUGAUGAUUUUAAAGCAUGUGGUCAUUUGUUUCAGUUUGAUCUUCUGUUAAUCUGCAUGUUUAGACUCAAACACACAGCUAGUCUUUUAGUUGCUUGCAACAUCCAGUGGUGUCAGCAAGGACAAGGCUGCUGUUGUAGCAGCUGUAAAUGAGCACACAUGACUGGAUCAAAUUUGAGGCUCAAACUCUGAACCGGCCGUCCCUUCUUCCACUUUUUCAUGAUGUGCACUCCGCAAACUUCUAUGAGCCCCAAUACCUGACACAUUUCUUCAUGGCUUCUCAUCUUAUUCUCUCUAUGUGAGAGGAUUUAUUAGCAAGGGAUACCCGAAAUUUAUAGAUAUUAGUGAUGUUGAUUAAUGAUAUUCAAUGGCCCCAACUAAUUAGUUAUUUUACAUACCAAUGAUGCACAUUAAUUUGUACUGCCCAUAAAGCUCAAAUCAUUAAAUGAACAAAAGAAGAUGUAUAAAGAUUUUCUGGGAAGUGAUAGAUGCUUCAACCUUUCCUCUAGGCUUUAUGUGUAUACUUGGCUUGCCUUCCUGAUAUAUGCAUUAGUCUUUAUUUUCUAUCACCAUGCAAUGCCUGUUCCUGUGACUACAGCGCAGCUAUAAAGCGCUUUGUACAAAAUAACUCAUAUUUCAACUAUGGCCAGUUCCUCCCUUCAUGACCUCACUCAAAACCUGCCAUUCAUCACCAUUUGUUUCUUUUUCUUCUUUUUUGUUUCCUAAUCAACCAAAUCACUACAGUGAAGUAUUACAGUUGUACAGUUCCACGGAUUAUACCAACUCUUAAUGUUGCUGGUCAUGGUUGCUCUGCUGUAUCUUUUUAUGACAUUAUUUUUUACAUUCUAGACAAUAUAUUGUGACUCUGUCCUAUGCAAAUAUGAGAAUUAACAAGAAUUUGUCAAAUGAUGUAUGUGUCAACUUGUAUGCAUGAAAUAGUGAAGUUACAUUUGAAAAUAAAUGCCGAAAUAAUCAGCUUUA